AUGCCACUACUACUACUACUACUAUUAUCAGCAAUAGAAUUCUUGCUAUUCCCGGUUUAUACCAGUGUAGCGAAUCGUAAUGGCAAUGGAUGUGAUGAUCAGUGUGAUCAUUAUGGUGAUAUUGUUGCUUAUGAAAAUUGUAUGAGGAAAUGUUCAUCAGAACGAUUUGCAACCAAUACAUUCACUAACAGACGAUAUCCGACACCACCGUUUAAUAUUAGCGUUGAUACGAUUGCAAUUAUUGGUAAUGUGAAAUUUUUAGAAUCAACUGUUAGUUGGGAUUUUGAACCUGGUAAAUUUUGUAUUUUAAUUUGA